UUUUGGAGGCAGUUGACAUUUUGAAACAUUUUCGAUGAUUCUGCCAUUUUGGAAUAUUUUGAGUUUUUGACAUUUUGAAACAUUUUCGCGGUAGUUGACAUUUUUAAAUAAUAUGGGGAUAUUGGGCAUUUUUAAACAUUUUGGAGGCAGUUGACAUUUUGAAACAUUUUCGAUGAUUCUGCCAUUUUGGAAUAUUUUGAGUUUUUGACAUUUUGAAACAUUUUCGCGGUAGUUGACAUUUUUAAAUAAUAUGGGGAUAUUGGGCAUUUUUAAACAUUUUCGGAGUAUUUGAAUUUUAAUUUUUAGCGGAAAAGGAAUACAGUAUCAACGAUUUGAUAGUCGAAUUCGAGGUUCACGUCGAUGUUCAACAAGCAUGUUUGGAAAGCACAAAAUUCCUGUUGGAUUUAUUCGGAAAUAAACAGAAUAAAGACAAAGAAAACGGCAACAAAGAAAAUAAAUCAAAGUUAAAAAAUGAAACAAUAUUAAAAUUAUUUAAAGCUUCAGAAGCAAUAGUAGGGGAAGUAAAGAAGUUGAUAGGUGAAUUUGAAGAAGUAUUAGAUAAUGGAUUAAAAGAAGAAUUGGAUGAACAAGAAGACUACAAGAGAAGAUUUUAUAAAAAUCAAGGGAGAAGAUUGAGGGAUUUGGACCUUUAUUAUCACAUUCCUGAAGGAUUAUUUCUUGAUUCCUUGCCAGAUUAUAUUAUGGGUGGAUUAAAAGAUUAUGAUACUGACAAUGAAUUUAAGACAAAUAGGGCAAGAUUGUUUAGCAAAUUUUUGAGUAAUAAGGAAGAUGUGUGUGUUGAAAAUGAAGAAGAUAACGAAGAGGAGGGAGAAGUUGUGGUUGUUGAAGAAGAUGUCAAAGAGAAUCCUUGGCAAAAAGCAUACAAUGCAUUUAAGAGACAAUUGUCUGGGAAGAAACAAGGGUUUUUGAAGAAACAAGAGUCUUUAAAGACACAAGGGUCCUUCAAGAAAGAAGAGCCUUUGACGAGACAUGAGUCAUUGAAGAAACUAGGGUCUUGGAAGAAACAGAAUUCUUUAAAGACACAAGGAUCCUUCAACGAGACUUUGAAGAAUCAGGGGUCUUUAAAGACACAAGGAUCCUUCAUUGAGUCCUUGAAGAAACAAAACUCUUUCUCCCUUAAAAAUUUCAAACCGAACUGGAAAGACGUUGUUAAAUAUACGACUAGAUUAAAUGAUAUUUGCAAGGUCUUCAAAAUGAAGGAUGUUGAUAAUCUUUUACUUACAAAAAAGGACAAAUUUUAUUUUGAUAUCGAGCAUAGAAAAAAUUUACGCAAAUUAAAUAGGUAA